AUGCGUCCCUCGGCAGGCAUCAUAGGCCUGCUGCUCAUAGCCGCUCCGACUGUACUUGCUCAGGGCAACAACGCACCCAACGCACCCAACGCGCCCGGUGGGACAACAGCGAGUACCCAAACCUCACAAACUGCUACUUCCGCGAACACCCAAACCUCACAAACUGCUACUUCCGCGACUACCGAGGCUGCGUCAACAACACAGACCGAGACAGGAUCGACAAGUGUCUUCAAUCUUGCCGGAGCUCCCACACUUGCCGGUGUUGGUGUUCCUGUCCCCCAGAUUCCAGACACAUCCGGGGCGGCGUUUAUGCAGAAAUCGAACCUCCCUGAUGGAACUGUUUUCAUCUGUGUCGGUGCUAUCCUCGCCUUUUUCGGCGCCGCUUUGAUGGCAUGGCGUGGCCUUGUUGCCUGGUCGCUACAUCGCUCCGUCAAGCGUGCAGCAUUGAGCCAAAACAUGACUGAUGUCAAGUCCAUGGGAGCCAUGCCUCCUAACAAGCGGGGGAUGUACAACGUUGUAGGUGCAAACUCCACCAUGUCUCUGGAUCGCUUAAAUGCCGCACCAAUUGGCAAGUCUGCAAAGCCCUUUACGGGCGCUCCCACUAGUUCAUCCCAGAGGCCCGUAUCUUCUCUCUUCUUCUCCCCUACUGCUGGUGGCGCUGCUGGCAUACGGGAUUCAGUAGUCAACCGCUCUUCGACCUACCUUCCUGCCGGAUACUAUGCAUCUGGCACCUCAGCGCCUGCUUCCGGAUCGCCCCAAAUGCACGUCGGCGGCCAAAACUUCAACAACCUGUCUGCACUGUCUCUUUCAACGCCAGGAAACCGCUUCAGUACAAGAUCCGGCAAUUCGCCUCCAGAGUCGCCCUCAUUGCCACCUUCUCGUGGAGGAUACCCACGCGCACCUCCAUCCCGAGAAGGCCUCUCUGUGUACAAACGCAAUAGCGUUGCUACCCUCACUACUCCGGGAAACACACGAAGCGGUGUCUUUGGCCAAGACAGCAACCCUAGCCAGCUAUCCCUCAACGUACCAGGAGGCACAAACGUUCCUGGUGGCCGCACCCCCAGCGGCUACCUUGAAGACUUGUUUGAACACCACGGCACCAACGGCACCAAUGGAACCGAACGAUUCUAG